AUGCGCUUUCCAGUACACAAAGCGGUGCUCUCCUCGCAAUCUGAUUACUUCAACAGCAUGUUUCAGCGUGAUUGGAAGGAGAACGCUCAAGGCGAGGUCGAGCUUAAAGAGGACGUUUCAUUCGUAGUUGAAGCCAUGAUACAAUUUAUGUACUAUGCGGACUACGAGCGGCCAGCCAUUGAGUCGUACGAUUAUGAAUUUGAGUUCCUGUUCGACGCCCAAGUUUAUGUCAUAGCUGAGAAAUAUGGCUUGCCGGAUCUGAAACAACGUGCCCAAGAAAAGUUUUCAUCUCAACAGACCUACGAACCGGGCGAGACUAGGUUCACCUCCAAGAUCGCCUAUUUCUCGGAGGCGGUCGAAGUUAUUUUUAAUAAUACUCCUCCUUCAGAUCCAGCAGUACGGGACUUACGGAACAUGAUGACGGAACUUGCAGUUCGACACAUCAGCGACUUCCUCAAGUGCCCCGACUUCAACCGCGUGCUCGGCGAAAUACCAGAAUUCGGAGCUUCCCUGGUCAAAGAUCUGGCACGCCAAGUGGAAACCCUGACAAAUACAAAGAUGUACCAAUGCUCUUCUUGUGAUGGAAAUUCACAGGCCAUUCUUGACAAUAGACCUUACUAUCCGUCGUCAUAA